AUGGCGUCGACGGGCAACUCGACAAACCUGCCUGUGACUGGGAACGACCCGAACGACGGAUAUUGGGGUGACACGCACGAAGAUGGCCCCGUAGACGAGCAAGAAGCAAGACACGAGUUUGACGAGCUCCAGCGGGAGCUGACGAGACGGAAAAGCUCCAGGACACUCCGGGACGAUGACUUUCACCUCGAGCGCUUCAUGCGCGAUGGCCACCUCGAGAAGCGAGAUCCGAGUACUGGCGAGUCAACCAAGAAGGUCGGUGUUGUAUUCAAAAACCUCACGGUGAAGGGUGUUGGGAGCAGCGUGGCCACCGUUCGCACCCUCCCGCAGGCAAUCGUUGGCACCUUUGGCCCGGAUCUCGCCAGGUUCCUCUCGGCCUGGGUGCCACUCUUCCGGAUGACGAACAACAGCCCGACUCGAGACUUGAUUCGCGAUUUCACAGGAGUGAUCCGGCCGGGAGAGAUGAUGCUCGUGCUUGGACGACCCGGUGCCGGCUGCAGCACGUUUCUCAGAGCCAUCGCCAACGAUCGCGGCUCGUUCCUGGGAGUCGACGGCGAGGUGCUGUACGGCGGAAUUCCAGCCAACAAGAUGGACAAGAGGUUCCGCGGCGAGGUCGUGUACAACGCCGAGGACGACCGCCAUCUCCCCGCCCUCACCGUGGGCCAGACGCUCGACUUUGCCCUCUCCACCAAGACGAAGAAGCGGGAGCGCGGGAACAUUGACCUGAUUGUCAACUCGUUCCUCAAGAUGUUCGCGAUGCCGCACACCAAAAACACACAGGUCGGCGACGAAUACACCCGCGGCGUCUCUGGAGGCGAACGCAAGCGUGUUAGUAUCGCUGAGACGCUGGCGACGAAGAGCACCGUGACGUGUUGGGACAACUCGACCCGUGGCCUUGACGCCUCGACGGCCCUCGAUUACGCUAAGUCGCUUCGCAUCAUGACUGAUGUGUCCGACCGCACGACCCUGACGACGCUGUACCAGGCCGGUGAAGGCAUCUAUGACCUGAUGGACAAGGUCCUUGUCAUCGAUGAGGGCCGCAUGCUGUACCAGGGACCGGCGACUAAGGCAAAGCAGUAUUUCGUCGACCUCGGCUUCUACUGCCCUCCGCGACAGACAACGGCCGACUUCCUCACCUCAGUCUGCGACGUCAACGCCCGCCAGUUCCGCGAUGGCUACGAGGCCAAGUGCCCGAAGACCCCCGAGGAACUCGAGAAGGCGUUCCGACAGAGCGCCGCCUACCAGGCAGUGUUGGACGACGUCCAGGACUUCGAGCAGCAUCUCAGCCAUACCGGACAUGCCGACGCGCAGACUUUCCGAGAGUCGGUUCACGACUCCAAGUCCAGGACUGUUAUGAGCGGAUCGAACUACACCGUCUCCUUCUGGAAGCAGGUCCUCCAGUGUACCCGGCGUGAGUUCUGGCUCAUCUGGGGCGAUAAGACAUCUCUCUACACCAAAUUCUUCAUCAUCAUUAGCAACGGUCUGAUCGUGGGCUCCCUCUUCUAUAACACCCCGAGCAACACCCAAGGCGCAUUCUUGCGCGGGGGUGUAGCGUUCUUCUCCAUCCUGUUCCUCGGAUGGCUGCAAUUGUCCGAGCUGGCCAAGGCCGUUUCGGGACGUUCAGUCAUCUUGCGACACAAGGAAUACGCUUUCUAUCGACCCUCGGCAGUCAACUUGGCUCGCGUGUUGGCAGACUUCCCCAUGCUUCUCGCCCAGGUCAUCAUCUUCGGUCUGAUCAUGUACUUCAUGACCAACCUUGACGUGGAGGCGGGCAAGUUCUUCAUCUACAUGCUGUUUGUCUACGUCAUCACCAUCUGCGUCACGGCUCUGUACCGAAUGUUUGCGGCCUUGUCCCCGACCAUGGACGACGCCAUCCGCUUCUCCGGUAUCGCGCUCAAUCUCUUGAUCCUUUACACGGGCUACACCAUUGCGAAGCCAGUGCUCCUUGAUCAAAAGAUUUGGUUCGGCUGGAUCUACUACAUCAAUCCAAUCAGCUACGCCUUUGAAGCUGUCUUGACCAACGAAUUCUCCGGCCGCGACAUGCAAUGCGCCCCCAGCCAGCUCGUUCCCCAGAUUCCCGGUAUUGACCCUCAAUAUCAAGGAUGCGCGAUUGCCGGAUCGCAGCCUGGAAACCCCACGGUCCCGGGUGCACGAUACAUCAGCGAGCAGUUCAACUACAGCCGGUCGAACCUGUGGCGAAACUUUGGUGUUGUCAUUGCAUUCGCGGUUCUGUACAUCCUGAUCACGGUUGGCGCCACUGAGGUGCUGUCAUUUGCCAGCUCCGGGGCUGGCGCGCUCGUGUUCAAGUCCUCGAAGAAGACCAAGGCGCGUCAGGGUAAGGCCGACGUGGAGGAAGCAGGUCGUCGAGCCUCGGAUGCCGCAAUUGAACGGCAGCGAACGCCGGACGAGGUGUUGGAGCAGUUCGCGAGAAGCGAGCAGAUCUUCACUUGGGAGAACCUCAACUACACUGUGCCGACGGCGCAGGGGCCGAAGAAGCUCCUCAAUGACGUCCACGGUUACGCCAAGCCUGGGGUGUUGGUCGCCCUGAUGGGAGCCAGUGGUGCAGGCAAGACAACCCUCCUGAACACAUUGUCGCAGCGCCAGUCAGUGGGUGUUGUGGAAGGCCAGAUGCUGGUCGACGGCAAAGGACUCCAGCCAGAUUUCCAGCGCAGAACUGGCUUUGUCGAGCAGAUGGAUCUGCACGAGGGCAGUGCGACGGUGCGAGAGGCUCUCGAGUUCUCUGCGCUCCUCAGGCAAGGGCGAGAAGUGCCCCGCGAAGAGAAGCUGGAGUACGUCGACAAGGUCAUCGACCUCCUGGAGCUUGGAGACAUCGCCGACGCCAUUGUUGGCUCUCUGGGCGUCGAGCCUAAGAAGAGACUGACGAUCGGCGUGGAACUCGCCGCGAAGCCGUCGCUCCUGCUGUUCCUUGACGAGCCAACAAGUGGCCUCGAUUCGCAAUCCGCCUACUCGAUUGUCCGAUUCCUGCGGAAGCUAUGCGCGGCCGGCCAAGCGAUUGUCUGCACGAUCCACCAGCCUUCGUCCGAGCUGAUCGAGCUUUUCGACCACAUCCUGGCGCUGAACCCCGGCGGCAACACCUUCUACUUCGGGCCUGUGGGACAGAACGGUCGCGCAGUCGUCGACUACUUCGCGGCUCGCGGCGCAAAGUGCCCCGAAGGCAAGAACGUCGCCGAGUUCCUCAUCGAGACGUCUGCCUCGGCGCGCGAGCACUGGAAUGAGCAGUGGCGCAUCUCUGACGAGAACAAAGCCCUCCACCAGGAGAUUCAGCGCAUCAAGAGCGAGCGCAGUGCGGUCCCCGAAAACAAGGACGUUCUGCAGCACGAGUUCGCCGCUCCGGUGUCCCAGCAGAUUCUGCUUCUGACGAAGCGCAUGUUCCUCAAUCAGUGGAGAGCCCCGAGCUACAUCUACGGCAAGCUAUUUACAGCCAUCAUCGUCGGCAUCUUCAAUGGCUUCACCUUCUGGAAGCUUGGCGAUACUGUCAACGACAUGCAGAGCCGGAUGUUCACAUCGUUCCUCAUCUUGCUCAUUCCGCCGACCGUUCUCAACGCCAUUUUGCCGAAGUUCUACAUGGAUAGGGCGAUCUGGGAGGCUAGAGAAGGUCCCAGCCGUCUCUAUGGCUGGGUGGCAUUCUGCACGGCGUCCGUCGUCUCGGAAAUUCCUGGCUCAUUCAUCGCGGGUGUGCUGUACUGGGUACUCUGGUAUUGGCCUACUGGCCUUCCGACCGACUCGUCGACCUCUGGUUACGUGUUCCUGAUGACGAUGCUCUUCUUCCUGUUCCAGUCCAGCUGGGGACAGUGGAUCUGCGCCUGGGCCCCAAGUUUCACCGUCAUCAGCAACGUGCUGCCCUUCUUCCUGGUCAUGUUCUCGUUGUUCAAUGGCGUUGUUGUUCCGUACGCGCAGCUCAACGUCUUCUGGAAGUACUGGCUCUACUACAUCAACCCCAGUACGUACUGGAUCAGUGGUGUUUUGGCAGCCACUCUUCCCCAUCAAGUGGUUCGGUGUGCGCAGAACGAAGCCGCGCACUUCAAUAUUCCCUCGGGCCAGACAUGCAUGGAGUUUGCGCAAAGUUUCGUCGAGAAGGCAGGCGCCGGCUACUUGGUCGACCCAGAUGCGACGGGAUCCUGCAGCUACUGCCCGUACGCCAACGGCACGGAGUACUUGGACGCCUUGAGCAUCAAGGCUAGCCAGAAGUGGCGCGACUUUGGCAUCUUCCUUGCCUUCUGUGUGUCGAAUUGGGCGCUGGUCUACUUUUUCAUCUACACCGUCCGCGUGCGAAAGUGGUCAUUUGGGUUUGGGCUUUUGUUCAAAUAUCUUUAG